AUGUUCCCAAAAAUCUUCUUAUCGGUCAUAUUCCUCCUAGGGCUGUUAGGCAGUGUCCUGGCAGUAGGCGAGCUCAAAAUCACGAAAGACACAUCUCUCGGCAGUGACAUGGAAGCCUACAACUCGAAGUGCACCUUUGAAACGCAACCGGACAGGGCGGACUUCCUGAAGAUGAUUGAAGCUGCCUUCAAGGAAAUGCAAGAUAUUCCCGGCUCCAGGAAGGAAAAGCAGAAGCGCCCAAGCGCGAUGAUUGGGCUCUCUAUCAACAACGAAGUCUACUUUGCUUCCUCCGUGAAGGGCAAGAGACAGUUUAUCUAUGAAGAGGUGUCUUGGAAGGGCGGCGACGGCACAAUAAACCCCCCACUCCCAGACAAUUUCAAGGAGGUCACCGACGCUUUAAAGAGUUGUGCCGACGAUCACAAGGUCCGCAAGCAACACGGAAACCAGGCGUCCUGUGGCGAGAUCAUGUCCACACUUCUCUGGAUGGUUGACAACAAGAAUGAAAGCCCAAGAGAUCACAGCCCCAGGAUUGCUGCGUACAAUGCAGGGGGCUACCUUCCCCCUUGUUCAUCGGAUCCGGAAGAUGUGAAAUGGGGAUGCUACCAGUGGAACAAGAAAAUGGAUUUGGAAGUUGUGGAGAAGAGAGACGACCUUCCGGAUGAUUAUACCAAGCCAAAGAAAACCGAAGCAGUCCAGCUAGCGAAAUGCUUGGAGGUUGAAGUUGAUGAGGACGAGACCACCCAAACCCAGAAAUGA